AUGGCUCUCUAUUUUGACCACCGAAUAGAAGCCCCAGACUCCGUCGGGUCUCCUUCGCACAUCCAUUGGCACCCUGUUCAUCCAUUCCUGGUGGUUGCCUCCGUCAGCACGACCUCAGGAGGCAGCGUGGAUAUAUAUCUGGAACAAGGUGAGCAUGUGCCCGAUACCCAUAUGGAGAGGUCGUUCCGGGUCACUUCCCUGUGCUGGCACCCGGCGCGCCUGAUCCUAGCUAUUGGCUGGGAGACUGGAGAAGUGACAGUGUUUAAUAAGCAGGACAAGGAGCAGCAUUCGAUCCCCCCGACACACACCACCGACGUCACGGUCCUCAAGUGGAGCCCCAACGGGAACUGCCUUGUGUCAGGGGACAGGCUUGGUGUCCUGCUCUUGUGGAGGUUGGACCAAAGGGGUCGAGUACAAGGGACACCCCUGCUGAAACACGAUCACGGAAAAACCCUAACUUACUGCAUCUUCCGGCUCCCCCCUCCUGGCGAGGACCUCAUUCAGUUGGCGAAGGCGGCUGUGAGCGGUGAUGAGAGAGCCCUGGACAUGUUUAACUGGAGGAAAAGUGGCUUUGGAAGUUUCCUGAAAAUGGGAUCUCAAGAGGGACUAUCAUUCUUUGUCAGCUUGAUGGAUGGGACGGUGCACUACGUGGAUGAGAAAGGCAAGACCACGCAGGUGGCUUCCACAGACAGCUCCGUCCAAACGCUCUUCUACAUCGAGGAAAGGGAGGCCCUGGUGGUGGUCACGCAGAACCUGCUGCUGUCUCUGUAUGUAGUGAGGCCUGAGGGUAAAGCCGAGGAAGUGAUGAAGGUCAAGUUGAGUGGGAAGACGGGUCACCGGGCCGACAUCGCAUUGAUUGAAGGCAGUGUACUUGUGACUGCCAUAGGGGAACCCGUUCUCAGAUUCUGGGAUUUAGAAGGCGGAGAGAAUUACGUGCUGAGUCCAGAGGAGAAGUGUGGUUUCGAAAAAGCUGAGAAUAUAAAUUGUGUUUCUUACUGUAAAGCCAAAGGUCUUUUGGCAGCGGGUACCGAUAAGGGGCGAGUAGCCAUGUGGAGAAAGCUGCCAGGCCCCCAGAGCAGCCGAGUGGCAGAGGGCAAGGACAGGUGGACCCUUCAGACCCCUACUGAGCUCGAAGGCAACAUCACACAGAUAAAGUGGGGUUCCCGGAAGAGCCUUCUGGCAGUGAACAACAUCACCUCCGUAGUGAUCCUCAGCGAGCAGGCCAUGUCCUCACACUUCCACCAGCAAGUGGCCGUGGUGCAGAUGUCCCCAAGCUUACUCAGUGUGUCCUUCCUGUCCACGGGGGUGACACACAGCUUGCGCACAGACCUGCACGUCAGCGGGGUGUUCGCCACCAAGGAUGCCAUUGCUGUCUGGAAUGGAAAACAGGUGCUGGUCUUUGAACCUUCUGGAACCAUGUUACGGAAUGCAGGAACCUUCCUUUGUGAAUCUCCGGUGUUAGCCAUGCAUGAGGAAAACGUGUACACCGUGGAGCCAAACCGAGUUCAAGUUCGAACAUGGCAGGGGACUGUGAAACAGCUCUUACUGUUCUCCGAGGCAGAGGGGAGCCCAUGCUUCCUCGACGUCUGCGGAAAUUUCCUGGUUGUGGGGACAGACCUGGCUCAUUUCAAAAGCUUUGAUCUUUCCCGAAGAGAGGCGAAAGUGCACUGCAGCGACAAGAACCUGGCCUCGCUGAUCCCGGGCGCAGCGGGCAUGGCCUCCCUCAGGUGUAACGCCAGUGGCAGCAAGAUCAGCAUCCUCCUCAGCAAGGCGGACAACAGCCCUGAUUCCAAAAUCUGCUUCUACGAUGUGGAAAUGGACACGGUGACCAUCCUUGACUUCAAGACGGGGCAGAUUGAUCAGAGGGAGACAUUGCCCUUUAAUGGCCAAGAGACCAAGAAGAGCCACGCCUUUGUGGAUGAGAGACUGAUGGAUCUCAUUCCCAUGAACCAUUUCUGGGACCAGAGCGAGCCCAGGCUGUUCGUGUGCGAGGCCGUGCGGGAGGCACCAGGAGCCCAGCUGCAGCCUGGGGACAAGAAGCCGCCCACCGAGGACAGCCAAGGCCCCACGACAGACGUGGUGAUUCUGUCCUUCUUCAUCACGGAGGAGCACGGCUUCUUGCUCCAGGACAGCUUCCCCCGGCCUCCCGCCUACCAGAAUCUUCUGGGGAUCGAAGUGCCUCAUUAUUACUUCAUCAGAAAGCCAGGAGAAGCAGACGGAGAAGACCAGGUGGACUCAGGGUGCCCGUGCGUGGGCAGGAGACCCCUGCGAGACUUCGUCGGGCUAGAGGACUGCGAUAAGCCCACUCGGGAUGCCAUGCUUCACUUCAGCUUCUUCGUUACCAUCGGAGACAUGGAUGAAGCUUUCAAAUCUAUCAAACUCAUCAAAAGCGAGGCGGUCUGGGAGAACAUGGCGCGCAUGUGUGUGAAGACCCAGCGGCUGGACGUCGCCAAAGUGUGCCUGGGAAACAUGGGCCAUGCGCGUGGAGCACGAGCCCUGCGGGAGGCUGAGCAGGAGCCAGAGCUGGAGGCCAGGGUGGCCAUGCUGGCCAUACAGCUGGGCAUGCUGGAGGAUGCUGGGCAGCUGUACAGGAAGUGCGGGCGCUAUGACCUCCUGAACAAGCUGUACCAGGCCUCUGACCAGUGGCAGAAGGCCGUGGAGGUCGCGGAGCUCCACGACCGCAUCCACCUGCGUGCCACCUACUACAACUACGCCAGGCACCUGGAGGCCAGUGCUGACCGCGGCCUGGCCCUCAGCUACUAUGAGAAGUCAGACACCCACCGCUUCGAGGUGCCCAGAAUGCUCUCGGAGGACCUGCAGUCCCUGGAGCUCUACAUCAAUAAGAUGAAGGACAAGACCCUGUGGAGGUGGUGGGCCCAGUACCUGGAGAGCCAGGCAGAGAUGGACGCGGCGCUGCGCUACUAUGAGCUGGCACAGGACUAUUUCUCCCUGGUCCGCAUCUACUGCUUCCAGGGCAACAUUCAGAAGGCUGCUGAGAUAGCCAACGAGAGUGGAAACUGGGCAGCGUCCUAUCACCUGGCCCGCCAGUACGAGAGCCAGGAGGAGGUGAGGCAGGCCGUGCACUUCUACUCACGGGCGCAGGCCUUCAACAACGCCAUCCGCCUGUGCAAGGAGAAUGGCCUGGAUGACCAGCUCAUGAACCUGGCUCUGCUGAGCUCCCCCGAGGACAUGACUGAGGCGGCGCUCUACUACGAGGACAAGGGCGAGCACAUGGACAGGGCGGUCAUGCUCUACCACAAGGCCGGCCACUUCUCCAAGGCCCUGGAGCUGGCCUUCGCCACCCAGCAGUUCGUGGCCCUGCAGCUCAUAGCGGAGGACCUGGACGAGAGGUCGGACCCCGCCCUCCUGGCCCGCUGUUCAGACUUCUUCACUGAGCACAGCCAGUACGAGAAGGCAGUGGAGCUGCUGCUGGCAGCAAAGAAGUACCACGAAGCCCUGCAGCUUUGCCUGGAGCAGAACAUGACCAUCACUGAGGAGAUGGCCGAGAAGAUGACCGUGUCCAAGGACUCCAAGGACCUGUCGGAAGAGUCUCGGCGCCAGCUGCUGGAGCAGAUCGCCAACUGCUGCAUGCGCCAGGGCAACUACCAUCUGGCCACCAAGAAGUACACGCAGGCAGGGAACAAGCUGAAGGCCAUGAGAGCGCUGCUGAAAUCUGGGGACACAGAGAAAAUCGUGUUCUUUGCGGGCGUCUCAAGGCAAAAGGAAAUCUACAUCAUGGCCGCCAACUACCUGCAGUCCCUGGACUGGCGGAAGGAGCCGGAGAUCAUGAAGAACAUCAUCAGCUUCUACACCAAGGGGAGGGCCCUCGACCUGCUGGCUGGCUUUUAUGAUGCCUGUGCCCAGGUGGAGAUCGAUGAGUACCAGAACUACGACAAAGCCCACGGGGCACUGACAGAGGCCUACAAGUGCCUGUCCAAGGCUAAGGCCAAGAGCCCCCUGGAUCAGGAGACCAAGCUGGCUCAGCUGCAGAGCAAGAUGACACUGGUGAAGCGGUUCAUCCAGGCCCGAAGGACGUACACCGAGGACCCCAAGGAGGCGGUCAGGCAGUGCGGGCUGCUCCUGGAGGAGCCGGAGCUGGAGAGCACCAUCCGCGUCGGGGACGUCUGUGGCUUCCUGGUGCAGCACUACCUGCAGGCCGAGGACUUCCAGUUGGCCUACAAGUACCUGGAGGAGAUGCGGAAGCGAGUGCCCUCUGCCAACAUGUCCUACUACGUGAACCAGCGGACCGUGGAUGCCGUGCACCAGGGCCUGGGCAUCCCUCUGGUGCGCACCGUGCCUGAGCGCAUCCGCCACAACAGCGUGGAGGACCACAAGGAAGUAGACGAGGAGGUGGUGGAAGAGGUGGAGAGCGACCCCUGACAGCCGCUGCUGCAAGCUCCUCUGGAACUUUCUGGGGUUGGUAGCAAGAGCCUGACUUUCUUGUUGAAAUAUAAACUGGGGGCGCCUGGGUGGCUCAGUUGGUUAAGCGACUGCCUUCGGCUCAGGUCAU